AUGUUCGGCCACCGACUCGUCCGCGGACUCUUCGUGGUCUGGCUGCUCUGCGGCGUGUUCCAGCCCGUCUCCGUGUUCCCGUCGGCUGCCAGCUCUCCGGCUGAUUCUCCACCAGACACGUCGUCUCACCGCCAUACGUCCACGGAAUCCAAUGCACCCAGCAAGGACAUCGUCAGCCAGGCUGAAGACUUCUCCGCACACCAUUCGCUGCGUGUCAAGCGCGCCUGUCGCGGUAGGGAGUCGUUUGCCUGCGUGGCGAAGAGCAUAAUCGAUGGCCUUCCCGCUGGUGCUGCGAGCAAGAAGAGCAGCAUUUCAGACACAGGGUGCGAGAAUUGCGACUUGGAUGAAUGCCAACUGCUCGACGGACGGGCAGAUGACCUACGCAGCCUCGUCAACGAUGCAAGCGGCCGCGCUGUGGCCAAAUGCACUCCAAAAGAUGAUGCUUGCGGGUACACCAAGUCGAGCCAUUGUUUGAAGCCCGUCUCGUUCGUGACAGAUGGCCAAGAGCAUUCGGAGCUGUUCCCGUUCAACCUGUGCACCCGAAAGAUGGUCGUCGACGGCACCUGCCCCGAACAUCUAUUGAGCACCUCCCCGUACGACGCCACGAAGCUGAAAAUUUCUCUUCGCUACCACGUGCAGUGCGAUGUCGGCUUCAUGGUUCCACCGAUCGCUGCCGACAUCGGAUGCGUGCCCAGUCUGCAUCAAGCCGCUGGACUCGGCCCGGAAGAUCCACCAAUAUUUCCAGAUGACUUCAAGGAUUUCAACAACAUCAAGUUUUGCGCUGCUGGGAUGCCGCUGCCUGACCCGCUCGACUGUGUGCCGCGUCCGCUGAAGGGCUUCCCCUUGGCCGCCGGGCUGCCAGAGAGCGUCAAAAACGCUGCUGCUGACACCCCGUGCCUCUACGACGCUCGGGGAGCCAAGAAGGGCGAGGGGUGUGUCCUCCUCGACCUCCUCAUCCCACCAUCCGGCUCCCAAAAGGAACCGAUGAUAAUACCUGGUGAUCGGAAAGGGUUGGGCCCGUAUGCCGCGCUGCCAUCUCCAUACGUGAACCUGUUCCGCCAAUGGACGCCGCAUGAAGAGCCGCAUCGCAUCUUCCCUCGCUGCAUCGACGUCAGCCGCAUUGUUGGCUUGACGGACAAGCAUAUCGAGGAGGUGCAGUCCGACUAUUUCCUGAACUGCGCCACCAAUCCCUACUACCAGAAGGCUGUCAAGGCGAGCAACCAGGCGCAAAUGGCCGCGCUGAAAAUGGAGCCGAGCAGAUGCGCCAAGCUGGUGGACAGUGAGAGUCUUUUCUGCCGCUGGCUCGAUUUCCCCAAAACGCCGACUGGCGCGACAGCUGCCGAGAAGCAAGAAACCUCGCCCGGCGGCCUCGUGGCCGUGCUCUUCAGCUGGCCGUGCUUGCUCGUUUACAACGUCAUCCUGUACGGUUGCUUGAUCGGCGGCCGUUUUUACCUGCGCCGGCGAUUCCUGAAGGAAUGGAAUGCGAUCCCUGUCCCAGAUCUGGACUGGCAGAAGAUCCUCGAGCCGGAGCGGGAGGAGGCGCCCGAGGAGUUGAAGACUGUCGUGGCCAAGUUUGUUGAGGACGUGUGUCAGACCGGACCGGAGGAAUUAUGGGACCAAUGGACUCGGGCGUCCAACUGGACGCCCGAACCCCGACCGUCAACGGAGGCAUUUAACAACCAUAUGGAGAAGAACCGCUUUGCGUUAUUCCCUUGCGCGGAUCACAAUCGCUUCAAGUUGGCGAACUAUGAUGAAGCAGACGAAAAAGGAUCCGACUACAUCAACGCAUCCAUGUUCAAACUGAAAGGAUGCGAGGCCCACUGGAUCGCCACGCAGGCGCCGAUGCCCAACACGCGCGAUGAUUUUUGGCGCAUGAUGUUUUCGAUGACUAGACCGGACUUCGUCGCCCAGAACUUCGACGCGAAGAUCUACUGCUUGAACAACAUCGACCCCGUGCCAAAUGGCGCGAAUUUCUGGCCGUGCGAGUUCGGAGAGGGUGCCGUGUGGCGCGAGAAGUGGUACUGCGCCUUCGGCAAGUGGAGCCCCUACUUGACUACUGUGAUCCAUGAGCGCGAUGUCGCCACGUACUAUUGUCAAGUCGAGCGGCAUAUUGGCGCAGCUGCCUGCGAACUCCAGAAGCCUGCCAUCUACUACCCGGCCAGCGGUAAAGAUUUCCGCAGCAAAGUCCGGGCGAUUGCGCGCCUCGUCAAUUUUGAGGACCCUGUUGUGCCGGUCUACGUGGUGGUGUGUUCGUCGGGUGCCGCCUGGUCGGCCGUCUUCAUCAUGGUGUUCGUCAUCAUCGACCGUCUGACCGCUGGCACUGAAGUCUCGGUGACCGAGUUGUGGCACGAGCUGCGCACGGCGCGCCCGUAUGCCAUCACCGACGCCAAGCAGUGGCUGGCCGUCCACAUGGCCGUUUUUGAGUACAUCAAGGUGCACCUGCCGGAGCACAAUGACGCCAUCGAACGGUUCCUCGACGCCGCCGAGAAGGUUGCGGCCGCCAACGGGAAGGUUGCGGCCGCCAAGGGGAAA